AUGUUAGCAAGACGAAAUAGUGGAUUGACCUCUGAACAGUUCAUGCGAAACCCGACAAAUGAGCCGAUUUUGGAGUAUAAGAAAGGAAGCCAGGAGAGGCAAGAGUUAGAGAAUGAGUUGGAGAAAAUGAGCCAGCCUUCCGAUCAUCAAACUGUUAUCGCCAAGUAUUCUUACGCGACUGCCGGCCAGAUUCUUGAGGCGAUCGAAGUCGCUCUUGAAGCCCGCAUACCAUGGGAAAGAAAACCUUUGAAAGAAAGAGCGGAUAUUCUUCUUCAUGCAGCUGAUCUGGCUGGUGGUAAGUAUCGCAUGAGGCUAAAUGCGGCUACUAUGCUCGGACAAGGAAAAAACAUCAUUCAGGCUGAAAUUGAUUCCGCUUGUGAAUUGAUAGACUUCUUCCGUUUCAACUCCAAAUUUGCGUUCGACUUGGAAAAGUACGAACCGAUCAGUACAAAGAUCAGCACCAAUAAGAUGGUAUACAGAGGCUUGGAGGGUUUCGUUGCUGCCAUUUCUCCAUUCAACUUCACAGCCAUUGGUGGCAACCUACCCACAGCUCCUGCAUUAAUGGGGAAUGUUGUGCUGUGGAAGCCAUCUGACACCGCCGUCCUCAGCAAUUACGUAAUAUAUGAGUUGUUGGAAGAAGCAGGUAUACCUCCUGGUGUGAUCGCAUUUCUUCCUUCCCAUGGUCCUGAUUUUGGUGAGAUGAUAACCACAAACGAACAUUUGAGUGCCAUAAAUUUCACGGGUUCUGUCCCCACAUUCAAAACUAUUUGGCGGAAUGUAGCCGAAAACCUUGACAAAUAUGUAACAUUCCCAAAACUCAUUGGAGAAUGUGGUGGAAAGAAUUUCCACUUCGUGCAUCCUUCGGCAAAUGCUGAUGCUGUGGCUGCGGGCACUGCUCGAUCUGCAUGGGAAUACAGUGGUCAGAAAUGCUCUGCUUGCUCACGGAUAUACAUCCCGAAAAGUCGAUCGGAAGAGAUUUUCAAGAAAAUUUCCGACAUUCACAAGAAAAUCAAACUGGGUGAUGUGCGAGAUGGCUCGAUUUUCUUCUCUGCUGUGAUUGAUAAGAAGUCGUUCGACAACAUUAAGAGCUACAUAGAUUACGCGAAGAGUGGCGCCGAUGGUGCAGAAAUUCUCCUUGGUGGAAAGUGUGACGACAGUAAGGGAUAUUUCAUUGAUGCCACUCUCAUAAAAGUUACGAAUUUGAGGAGUAAACUCAUCAGCGAGGAAAUUUUUGGGCCAGUUCUUACCGCUUAUGUCUAUGAAGAUAAUGAAGUGGAAUCAGUUCUUAGAUCUGUAAAGGAUCAUACUCCUUAUGGGCUUACAGGAGCCAUCUUCUCGGAGGACAAGAACUUCUUAUAUCAUGCUCGCGAUGUUCUACGUGAUGCGGUAGGAAACAUGUACCUCAACGACAAGUCCACGGGUUCCGUUGUUGGACAGCAACCCUUUGGAGGAGCUCGCAUGUCUGGGACAAAUGACAAAGCAGGAGGCCCUCAUUAUGGCUUAAGCAUGGGUUACGCCGAUGGUAAAGAUUGGACUAAUGUAUCGUUCGAAGUAGGUCGACGUCAGCUUCAUGAUUGGAGAGAUACAAAUAGCAGACGCAGUGAGGAAGUCGUAGAAUUGUGGGAGCACGUUGUGAGUCGCUCACCAUCUCUACUAGGUGAUGAGCUAUGGAUGGUGUAUGAACAGGUUUGCGUAGCCGCCCUUGACUGUGCCAGGCUAGACCUUGCCAGUGAGUGCAUAUCAGCUCUCAAUCGCCGUUUUCCUCGAAGUAAUCGUGUCUUACGGCUGCAAGCUAUGCAUCAUGAAGCUGCCGAACAGUUCGACACUGCUAUGGCUUUGUAUGAGCGGCUUAUAGAAGACGAUCCCACUAAUAACUCGUUUCGAAAAAGGAAAGUGGCAGUUCUACUGGCACAGGGGUUGCGACUUGAGGCUAUCCGUGAGCUCAACGACUACUUGAAGAUAUUCCUGAAUGACUCGGAAGCGUGGCUCCAAUUAAGUGAGCUAUUUCUUGCCGAAUCGGAUUUUGCAAAAGCUGCGCACUGUUUAGAAGAAUGUGUUCUAGCGGCACCUCUUAAUACCUUAUACCUACGACGUUUGGCAGACAUUCGCUAUACUCAAGGUGGCCAAGAGAAUAUCGAAUUAGCUAAGGCCUACUAUGAACAAGCCGUCAAGCUCAAUCCCUCAGAUUUACGAGCCCUGUAUGGGAUCGUUAUUUGCACGAAUUAUUUGACGCACCAUAUGAAAGGAUCAGGAAGUGAAAAGAAACGGGAUUCGAUAGUUGCGGGUACAAAUGCCAUCGAUAAGAUUCUGGCCAGAUAUGAGGAGGUCGAAUCAGUCGGUGUGAACCCAAAGAUAUCUCUUGUGAUUGACUCAGUGAAGCAGAUGAAAACUCAGUUGACUACCUCGAAAUAA